AUGCAAAUUCUUUUCCAGCUUCCAAAGAGCCUUUCCGCCGCAGACAUCCCCCCAAACGCCUCGCUUGGGACAGAGUUCUCCGUCGACGGGGUGGAGUACGUGAUUUCCCUGGGCACGCCUCCGGACGCGGGCGUGCUGGUGAAGGGCACGCUCCAGAAAAUAGAUGCGCUUUACAUCGUAAAGCCUAAAUAA